AGUUACUGUACUGUACCUUCGCCACCAUCCCAUGGGCAGUCCUCGCCGAGACAAUGAGUUCGAGGCCUUUGCCAAUCACGCUACCAAACUUACAAGAUCAAGUGAGCCUUGUACGGCCCGUGGUCGACUUUACUCGUACAAGUCCUGCAAGAUCACCAAGUCACAGAGACGAGUUCGUCAUUCAUUCAAUGAUCCAACGACGCCAUGUUGCUGGAGCAGGACACGAGUAAAGCGCCGACGCUGCUUGCACAGAGGAUAAAACCAUCCAACUAUCAACUCUCGAUUUUAAAUGUCGAGUUUGGAGGACAAUGGAAGUAUGAUGGGAAGGCAGUAAUCGAUGCUGAAGCCUUCGUGACGACCAACACAGUUAUCCUGCAUUCUGAAGACCUCGAAAUAUUGAGUACUGAGGUCAAGUCAGGUCUUGACUAUUCACUAGUCCAGGAUGCCUCGUCGAUAGUGUUGAACGAAGAUGACAAGCAAGUUUGCUUACAGUUCAGUGAGGCGAUCUCGAAAGGCCACUUUCAACUCCUCGUUUCGUUCAGGGGUCAGUGUGACCCUGACAUGACAGGAUUUUACAGAUCCAGAUAUGAACCUCAUGAAGAUCUGGAUGCUGCUUCGGUCAAGGUCGGUAGCGAUUGCUACAUGCUGGCAACUCACUUCGAGCCCUGUGACGCGAGGAGGGCUUUUCCGUGUUUCGAUGAGCCUCAUCUCAAGGCAACCUUUGAGCUCGAGCUGGAGAUUCCUGAAGACUUGACUGCUCUGAGCAACAUGCCGGAGAAAUCGUGUCGGUCUCUCGACGGCCCCAAAAAGGGCUUGAAGACGGUAUCUUUUGAAAAGUCUCCUGUCAUGAGCACGUAUCUUCUUGCGUGGGCUGUAGGAGACUUUGAGUACGUUGAAGCCUUGACGACAAGAACCUACAGUGCUGGAAAAAUCCCAGUGAGAAUCUACACCACAAAGGGUCUGGUCCAACACGCCCAGUUUGCACUCAAAGACGCGUGUGAUACUCUUGACUUAUUCAGCGAGAGCUUUGGCGUCGAGUAUCCCUUGCCAAAAUGUGACCAUCUUGUGGUACACGACUUCAUAUCCGGAGCCAUGGAGAAUUGGGGAUUGAUCACAUACAAGCCGACAAAGAUCUUAUUCGAUCCAGUCACUGCAGACAACAGACUCAUGUCCAAGGCCUCCUAUGUGGUUGCACACGAGCUUGCACAUCAGUGGUUUGGGAACCUCGUCACCAUGAGUGGUUGGAACGAGCUCUGGCUGAACGAAGGAUUUGCGACGUGGGCCGGCUAUUUCGCCGUCGAUCGACUGCAUCCGGACUGGAACAUCUGGGGUCAGUUCGUCGACGAAGCCAUGGAAGAAGCGUUCGCCCUGGAUAGCUUGGACGCAUCACACCCGAUUGAGGUAAAUUUCGCGACUGAAAGUCAAGCGCGGCAAAUGUUUGACAGCAUCAGCUAUUGCAAAGGAAGUUCGGUCAUCCGCAUGCUCGCUAGCUAUCUGGGUGAAGGGAUCUUCUUAAAAGGCAUCGCAGCCUAUCUCGAGAGCCGCUUAUACGGAAACGCAACCUCAGAUGAUUUGUGGCGUGCUCUGUCACAAACAUCUGGUCUGGACGUGGGCGAGUUGAUGGAUUCUUGGAUUCAUCGGGCAGGGUUUCCCUUGGUAAAUGUCGUCCCUACACUGGAUUGCAUCGAGUUGUCACAAACGCCGUUCCUCCGAGAAGCCACGAGCGAUAAGACUGCAACUUGGCACGUACCUCUUGGUCUCAAUGCACAGAAGCCCAACGAUGAUUGCAAGAGACUUUGUACAAAGUCCAAACAGCUCAAAAUGCCGAACCUAGUCUCAAAAAUCAACCAUGGUCAUACCGGCUUUUAUCGUACUCAUUACCCUUCAGAAUAUCUCCUCUCGAUUCUUUGGGCCCCUUCGAAACUAUCAAGUGAGGACAAGGUGGGUAUCAUUGCCGAUAUGCGAGCCCUUGUCUUUGCCGGGUCGAGACCAGCCGGUGAUCUUUUGACAAUACUGCCUGCUUUCAAAAAAGACAGAGACUGCUUUGUCUGGUCCCAAGUCAAGAAAGCCGUCUCUUUGGUGAUGUCGGGGGUCUCUGGUGACAGUCAAGCCGUAGCAGCGGUCAAGGCAUACACCCAGCAACUGCUGUCUGAAGUCAAAGCCGAGAUCAGCUGGACUGGAAAGACCGACAGCUACGUUGACGGCGAAUUCGAAAAGAACAUUAUUCAACUCUGUGUCGUGGCUGACGACGAGGAAGUUCUUGGUCAAGUCAAGAACAGGUUCCAAGAGUGGAAGAACGGUGGCGCUCACUCUAUCAACCGAAACCUCCAGUCACCCAUCUUUGGUAUCUCUGUCGCAAUAGGCGGCGAACGGGAAUACUUGGAUGUCAAAGCUGAAUACAUAAGAAAUCAAUCCAUCGACGGACGAGAGAUCUGUAUUGCAGCAAUGGGUCGGACAAAGAUUACGGCCAUGGCACGGGACUUCCUCGACUUUACUUUUAUGUCAGAGGAUCACAUUCCACUACAAAACAUCCACUUUGUCGCCAUCGCCUUGGCCAACGGCCCUUGCAGUUCUGUGCUAUGGGAAUACGUCAAGGAGAACUGGGACACGGUCUACAAGAGACUUUCAGUUAACGGUGUCGCUCUCAACCUGUUCAUCGAAAGUGGUCUUUGUUGCUUCGAUGAUCUGGAUGUCGAGAGUGACAUUGCUGAAUUUUUCGCGGCCAGGAAUGUUCCCGGCAUCGAGCAUCCUCUUCAGGUGGUCAGUGACAAUAUCAAAAUGAACGCAGCGUACAAGGCCAGGGCAGCCUCGGAGAUCAGACCCUGGUUGCAGGCAAAUGGGCUUUUCUGA